CAUGAGUUCAUAUCAUUUUCACAGGCGCUUGUAAUUCCUGAGAAGUUUCAACACAUUUUGCGUGUACUGAACACCAACAUCGAUGGAAAACAAAAGAUUAUGUUUGCACUGACCUCCAUUAAGGGUGUGGGGCGAAGGUAUGCAAACCUUGUGUGUAAGAAGGCUGAUGUUGAUAUGAAUAAACGUGCUGGAGAACUCACUGAUGAUGAGGUGGAGCGAGUUAUAACUAUUAUGCAAAACCCUCGUCAGUACAAAAUCCCUGACUGGUUUCUCAACAGGCAGAAGGAUAUCAAGGAUGGCAAGUACUCACAGAUUCUUGCCAACAAUCUUGAGAGCAAGCUACGUGAGGACCUUGAAAGGUUGAAGAAGAUUCGUGCUCAUCGUGGUCUUCGUCACUACUGGGGCCUCCGUGUUCGUGGUCAGCACACCAAGACAACUGGUCGCAAGGGAAGAACUGUUGGUGUUGCCAAGAAGAAGAACUAAAGUGUAAUCUUCUGUUAAUUGUAAUAAAGAACAGUAUGAUCACAAGUC